AUGUCCUCCUCGGCCGCCGCUUCCUCGGGCAGCGCUUCGUCGGCUACGUCGCACCGCUUCGACGUCUCCCCCGUCCCACCCAAGAAGAGUGGGCAUGACUUUGUCAAGACGGCGGGAUGUCUUAUCAUCGGCGACGAGGUCCUCAACGGUACGUACUGCCAUGACGCCAUCCUCGAUGCCGCGAUUCCCCACAUCAGCAUCCCAGAUGACCGGUGGUCGGAACCUCCUCGGACGUACCAAUGACCUCACGCUUUCUCCACCACCACAGGUAAAACCAAAGACAGCAAUUCCAAUUUCCUCGCCAAGUUUCUAUUCGACCUCGCCAUCGACCUCAAAAAGAUCGAGGUCAUCGCCGAUGACGAGCAGGAAAUCGUCGAGGCGGUUCGGCGCAUGUCGAGCGCUUACGACCUCGUCAUCACCAGUGGUGGGAUCGGGCCGACGCAUGAUGAUAUCACUUAUGAAUCGGUGAGUUCGCUGAAUCAGCGGCCUGCAGGUUCCUGGAUGCUGAGACUUAGCGCUGGAUUCCUUCCCCCCCCCCCCCACCACCACCAGAUCGCAAAAGCCUUUGAUACGACGCUGCAGUACGACGAAGAGACCAAGACCCGGAUGGUGGCACUAUCCAAGCGCCGCUACAACAUCGACGAGCAGACCGAAGGUAUGCGGGCCAUCGCCCGAGCCGGCAAUUAUCACCCUGGGAGUAAUCUUCACUGUGCUCACCGGAGUCCUUGUCCUCCCCUGUCCCACAGAACAAAAGACCGCUCGCAACCGCAUGGCCUUAUUCCCCGUGCCGACACCCAAAACGUCCGUCGAAGUCCUCUUCGUCGACAAAGAGCUCUGGGUUCCCGUGGUCCGUGUCGCGGGACGAGUCUGCAUACUCCCCGGGGUGCCGAUGCUUUUCGAACGCCUCCUCACGGGCCUAGGAUCACGCUACAUCAACCUCCCCCCUCGUCGGAAAAGCCUUAUCGUCUCUUGAUCCAUACCUCCAUGCCCGAAAGUUCGAUCGCGCCUUUCUUGACGUCCUUGCAUGAACGAGUGAGGAAGGAAGGCGUGAGGGUCGGCAGUUAUCCCAAGUUUGAUAAAGGGGUGGAUGUGAGUUUGAUUUCGAAGGACUUGGAGAGAAUCAAGGAGUUGGCGCAGGAGGUCGUCAAAGAGUUGAAGGGGGAGAUUGUGGAGCAGGGCAAGCUGGGCGAGAGUAAGUGA